AAAUCAGAGUGGAAGAUGGAGAUGUAUGAGACCCUUGGCAAAGUGGGAGAGGGGAGUUAUGGAACAGUAGUGAAGUGCAAACACAAGGAAACAGGACAGAUAGUAGCCAUUAAGAUAUUCUAUGAGAAACCAGAAAAAUCUGUCAACAAAAUUGCUAUGAGAGAAAUAAAGUUUCUAAAGCAAUUUCAUCAUGAAAACCUGGUCAACCUGAUCGAAGUAUUUAGACAGAAAAAAAAAAUUCAUUUGGUGUUUGAAUUUAUUGAUCAUACAGUUUUAGAUGAGCUACAACAUUACUGUCACGGACUGGAUAAUAAAAGACUUAGAAGAUAUCUCUUCCAGAUCCUUCGAGCAAUUGAGUAUCUCCAUAGCAACAAUGUCAUACAUCGUGAUAUCAAACCUGAGAAUAUCUUAGUAUCACAGACGGGAAUUACUAAACUAUGUGAUUUUGGUUUUGCUCGGACAUUAGCUGCCCCUGGUGAUGUUUAUACAGAUUAUGUAGCCACACGAUGGUACAGGGCUCCAGAACUGGUAUUAAAAGACACCACAUAUGGGAAACCUGUGGACAUCUGGGCUUUAGGUUGUAUGAUCAUUGAGAUGGCCACUGGAAAUCCUUAUCUACCCAGCAGCUCUGACCUAGACCUACUCCAUAAAAUUGUGACAAAAGUAGGGAAUUUGACACCUCAUCUUCAGAGUAUUUUUAUAAGGAGUCCAGUUUUUUCAGGGGUGGUCCUUCCGGAAGUCCAGCACCCUAAAAAUGCAAGGAAAAAGUAUCCCAAGCUUUGUGCAUUACUGGCAGAUAUUGUUCAUGCUUGUUUACAAAUGGAUCCCACUGAUAGGAUCUCAUCUACAGAUCUGCUGCAGCAUGACUAUUUUACUAGAGAUGGAUUUAUUGAAAAAUUCUUACCAGAAUUGAAGGCUAAAUUAUUACAAGAAGCAAAGUUAAAUUCUCUCUCAAAACUCAGAGAGAAUAAUAAAGAGAUUGAACUAAUAAAAGAUGAAAAGAGAACUAUUCAUAUUAAUGCCUCUCAGAAUGGUCCAGUGGUUGGGAAGGAUAUUGAAAAGGACAAAAAAUCAAAGGACUUAAAAGUAAAAGGUACAAAAGUGAAAGGAGGGAAACCAGAGAUUCCAGAAAUAAAAAAGAUUGAACAAGAAGAUGCAGUUAAUCAGUGGGCUCCUUCCUCACAGAAUCCUCCCAGUUUUCCUCAAGAGAGUAAACCUACAAUCACUGAUAUAACGACCACUGUAGCAGCUAGCAACGAUCCCAGCAGUGUGAAGGAAGAUCCUCCACUAAUAGCAGUUGGUACAACAAUGCCACCUAUCAAUCCAAAUUGUGGGAACCUUACUGCUGCAAAUUUCAAUUCAGCCUUCCCACACUCCAAUACGAGGAUACCUGAAAAAGCAAAGAAAAGGAGAAGCCCUUGGCAGUCAGUGGGACAAAUAGGUCCAAACAACAGACAGGAUGAUGGGACUCUGGCUCAAACUCAAACAGAAAAAGUCACACUGUAUGAACGAGCUGCUCAGAUUGAUCAAAUGGCCAAUAUGAACCGAAAGAAACGCAGUAUUUCAAAAUCUGAGAAGAAAGAUAUCCAUUUCCCAGAACUGCCAAUAACAGCACAACAAAAGGAGCUGAAAGGAAUAGAAGUUAAACAGGUAAAAGUGCUGAAGAGGGAGUCAAAGAAAUCGGAAGUAUCUAAAAUACCAUCUUUACUAAAUGUGGAUCAGAAUCAAGAAAAACAAGAGGCUAAAGAAAUUUUGACAAAAGAAUCCAAUGUACAAGAAGUGCGAUGUCCAGUCACAGUCUGUGGAGAUGUCCACGGGCAAUUUCACGACCUCAUGGAACUCUUCAGAAUUGGAGGCAAAUCACCGGACACAAAUUACUUGUUUAUGGGGGACUAUGUUGACAGAGGAUAUUAUUCAGUUGAAACAGUCACACUGCUUGUAGCUCUUAAGGUCCGUUACCGUGAACGCAUCACAAUUCUUCGGGGGAACCACGAAAGCAGGCAGAUAACACAAGUAUAUGGUUUCUAUGAUGAAUGUUUAAGGAAAUAUGGAAAUGCAAAUGUUUGGAAGUACUUCACAGACCUUUUUGACUAUCUUCCUCUAACUGCCUUGGUGGAUGGCCAGAUUUUUUGUCUACAUGGUGGCCUCUCACCAUCCAUAGAUACACUGGAUCACAUCAGAGCACUUGAUCGCCUGCAAGAAGUUCCCCAUGAGGGUCCGAUGUGUGAUUUGCUAUGGUCAGAUCCAGAUGAUCGUGGUGGUUGGGGCAUUUCUCCUCGUGGUGCUGGCUAUACGUUUGGGCAAGAUAUUUCAGAAACUUUUAAUCAUGCCAAUGGCCUUACGUUGGUUUCAAGAGCGCAUCAGCUGGUAAUGGAGGGGUACAACUGGUGCCAUGAUCGGAAUGUAGUAACAAUUUUCAGUGCUCCAAACUAUUGUUACCGUUGUGGCAACCAGGCUGCAAUUAUGGAACUUGAUGAUACUCUAAAAUACUCCUUCUUGCAGUUUGAUCCAGCACCACGCAGAGGUGAACCACAUGUUACUCGUCGCACCCCAGACUACUUCCUGUAAAGAUUUUACACUUGUACAGUAUUGCCAUGAACCAUAUGUUGACCUAAAGGAAAUGGGAAGAGCAACAGUAACUCCAAAGUGUCAGAAAAUAUUUAACAUUCAAACUCGUUUUCACAUGGACCAAAAGAUGUGCCAUAAUAAUACAAAGCCUCUUGUCAACAACCGUGACCACUUUAGAAUGAACCAGUUCAUUGCAUGCUGAAGCAACAUUGUUGGUCAAGAAACCAGUUUCUGGCAUAGCACUAUUUGUAGUUACUUUUGCUUUCUCUGAGAGACUGCAAAUAUUAAGAUGUAGACAUUAACACGUCGUGAAUACAUUUAACUUUCCAUUUAGCUAUAGCUUUAUUCAGCAUGACUGUAGAUAAGGAUAGCAGCAAACAAUCAUUGAAGCUUAAUGAACAUUUUUAAAAUAAGUACCAAGCCCGCCUCCUAUUUGUGUUCUGAAUCUCUUCUGAUUUUUUUUUUUUCAGGGAAUACUGUUUAAUUUAAUUGUAUUGAUUUUUUUGUCUCACUUAUUUUCUUCCUCCCUACUCUGCCUCCUUCAUUGUCCCUUGUAAUUGUCCAAGCAUAGUGAGUUAUUUUGAACAGAACUGGUUUUUUUCCUGUAAAAUGAUGUUACUGCAGGAGAGUACUGCAGUGUUUUUUCAUAAUAAACUUGUGAACUAAGUA